UAUGAGGGGAUUAAAAAAGGACAAGGAAUACAACUUCCACAUACGGGCCAAGAAUCUUGAAGGUUUUAGUGAGUCUAGUGAUGUGAUUGGUCCCAUAACUCCCAAGCCCAAAUACACCAAGGUUUUGCCACCUGGUGUACCAGAGGCUGUCAACAAUUCUAUAACAUAUCUGAAAUGGGAACCACCUAAACAUAAUGGUGGCUGUAAAAUUACAGACUACCUUGUGGAAGAGAGGUUUAAGGGAGCAGAGAUGUGGUGUAAGUGUAAUGAGUACCCCUGCACUGACCCCUCUUUACUGUCACCGAUCUUCCUUAGGACUCAGAGUGGGAGUUUAGAGUUACAGCUGUUAACUUUGCUGGAAACUGUGAGCCCAGUCUGUGCUCACCAGCAUACAAAAUCCAGGAGAAGAUUGAGUCUUUUGCAAUUGAGCAGGAUGAGGAAUCACACCAAUCAUUGUAAAUGAAAGCAGCAGUCAUGAUGUUGUCAAUGAGAAUGAGUUUUAAAUAGGAUAUGAUACAGGGCCACUUUUAAGUGAUGAAGCAGACGAGUAUGAUGAUGGUAAUGAUGAUGAAUCAUACCAUCCUUCAAGCAAUGAAAAAAGCUGUGAUGAAGAUACCAUUAAUGAUCUUGAUAUGCCCAGUAAGCCUCUCAAAUCUGAAAUGCAGCAGAAACAAGCUGCACUUGCAAGUGACAGCGAAAAGGACAGUGAAUGUGAAGAUGAUCAUGAUGAUGUCAGCAAAGUUUUACCACAGUCAGAGAAGCGAAAGACCAGUUUUUUAGAGGCCAAAAACAUCAUCUGGGAACUAUGAUAAUAAAAAACAUUCAUGUCUCUUUUGUGAGAAGUUUUGCCAGCAGGCCAAUUGAUGGUAUGCAUAUCAUAUAAGCCCAUAGCUCUUUAAGUACAAAAAAUUGUGAGAUUCAUUUUUGCAUAUAGGUUCAGGAUGGAGCUGAAUAUUGAAAAAAUAUAUCCUAUAAAUUUUUUUUCGUGGACAUGUAGCAGACAGCUGUUUGCAUAAUUUAAGCAAGUAAUUAUUUUUUAACCAAAAUUUGUGAAAUUUAUCGCUCAUGACCCAUUGUUCAUGCAAGGUUUACCUAUUUAUAUUGACACUGCAGCAGACCCAUAGAACGCC